UUAUGGUUUUGGCAAUAAACAUAGCACACUUCUCUCCUCCCUCCUUGUCUCUGUCGCUCAGCUAUGCGGCCGCGGUCCAGACUGCUGUCCAAGAGAGGACUCCUGCUGCCCACAAUCAGAGAGGGCACAGAGGAGACAGUGAGGGAUUUGAAUGAGGCCAACACACUCCACAUGGCUGGCCACGGACAGUCUGUCUCCUCAGAGGACUACCUCCUCUCCAUCUGCCACCUGGCCCACCCCACCUUCCCCACCAGGGAUGUGUCUCCCAACAACAUCCAGACACGACAGCAGGAUGCCGUGCACCAGAGGCUGCGGCUGUCACGACUCAGUGGGACUACAUCAGCCACCUUUGAAUUCAACCCCAGAGAGGAGGCACAUGCCAUGAGUGUGCAGCAGGGAGAGGAGAAAGAACUAAAUGGCAAACUGAUGUUUGGAAACUCUGACCCUCUGGAGUAUCUUUAUGGACAUCAGAACAAUCUCUCCACCUGUCAUUCGGGAGGUGUGAGAAGGGCAUUUGCUGAGGGAAGGCUUAUAAGACAGAAUGGGAGAGUAUGGGAGGGACAGGCUCGCUCCAGGGCGCACAGCAUCCCCCGUUCUUCAAAUGCAGGCCUCCCACGGCAACGCAAGAGCAGCUGCCCAGAGUUACACACCAGCACCAACACUUCCACCCCAAACACAUCUCCAAAACAUAGCCUGUACAGGUUGGAGGCCAGGACAGGGAGCAUGGAAGACAGUGAGGCAGAGGGGGGGAGAACGAAUCCAACCGUCAAACAGUCUCUCAUCUCCCAGUGGAUCUCUGACUGCAGGUCGGCUUGGAGAGAGGCGCGGGUGCGAGCCUGUAUGCUACCAGCCAUUGCAGAGAUAUAGGAUGCAAAACUGGACAAACAUUAGAAGACAUUCCUCAAUACUCUUUUUCUGCCAGUGAUACUAAGAGACAUUAAGAGAUACAUGGAAGUAUCAUGUAUUUAUAUAUAAGGGAUAUAAUUAAAUACACUUUAAAAAAUACUGAGGCAAGUAAAUAUUGUCAUGAUAAUCCAUCUGUAACAUUAUAUUAAUGUCCUUAUUUACUAUUACAGCCCUCCUAUGCUUAGGCUAUGUAUGCUGGUGAUCAUACAAAAUUAUAAAAGAAAUGGACAAAUCUGCAAAAUCCUUUUAUUGUGU